AGCCGAACCCAGCGCAGCCCCCGCCGCUCCCGGGGGCCGCUGUCCCGCCGCACCGCACCUCGCCUGGGCGGCCAUGAGGCGGAGGAGGCUGGUGGCGCCGGGCUCUGCCCUGGGCGGGCGGCGGCGCUGCUGAGCGCGGGGCCAGGGGCGCCGCUGCGGGGCUCAGCGUCGCGCCGCAGGUACUUGGAAAAUUACACAGCAGUUCAGUGCUUAGACAGUACACGGCCAAAGCAGAACUCCCAGUCUUCACAUGGGAUACAGCUUAUAACGUGGGAUGCUGGUCCUUGCUUCCAUGUUGGAUUUUAGCUGUGGGAGUUUGAUACCUCUCAGCAACUGCUGUCUUUCCUCAGUAUUUGACCUAGAAACCAAGUAAAGCGAUGAGGAGAUUUGUUUACUGCAAGGUGGUUCUAGCCACUUCUCUCAUGUGGGUGCUUGUGGAUGUCUUCUUACUUCUGUACUUUAGUGAAUGUAAUAAAUGUGAUGAUAAGAAAGAGAGGUCUCUGCUUCCUGCUCUGAGGGCUGUUAUUUCUCGAAACCAAGAAGGACCUGGAGAGAUGGGAAAGGCUGUGCUCAUUCCAAAGGAUGACCAGGAGAAGAUGAAAGAGCUGUUUAAAAUCAAUCAGUUUAACCUUAUGGCCAGUGACUUGAUUGCCCUGAAUCGGAGUUUGCCUGAUGUGAGACUGGAUGGGUGCAAGACUAAAGUCUAUCCUGAUGAGCUUCCCAACACAAGUGUGGUUAUUGUGUUUCACAAUGAAGCCUGGAGCACUCUGCUUCGGACUGUGUACAGUGUGAUAAACCGGUCACCGCACCACCUGCUUUCGGAAAUCAUCCUGGUGGAUGAUGCCAGCGAGAGAGAGUUUCUGAAAGCCUCAUUAGAGAAUUACGUGAAAAAUCUGGAAGUCUCCAUAAAAAUCAUUCGGAUGGAGCAGAGGUCAGGACUGAUCCGUGCGCGGCUCCGUGGUGCGGCAGCCUCUAAAGGGCAGGUGAUAACAUUCCUGGACGCACAUUGUGAGUGCACCCUGGGCUGGCUCGAGCCACUGCUGGCCAGGAUAAAGGAAGACAGGAAAACUGUUGUCUGCCCAAUCAUCGAUGUGAUCAGUGAUGACACUUUUGAAUACAUGGCUGGAUCUGAUAUGACUUACGGAGGGUUUAACUGGAAACUGAACUUUCGCUGGUAUCCAGUUCCGCAAAGGGAGAUGGACAGGAGAAAAGGAGACAGGACCUUGCCUGUAAGGACCCCUACUAUGGCUGGUGGCCUAUUUUCUAUUGACAGAAACUACUUUGAAGAGAUAGGAACUUACGAUGCAGGAAUGGAUAUCUGGGGUGGCGAGAAUCUUGAAAUGUCUUUUAGGAUUUGGCAGUGCGGCGGCUCCCUUGAGAUUGUCACCUGCUCACAUGUUGGCCAUGUUUUCCGAAAGGCAACACCUUACACCUUCCCUGGUGGCACAGGGCAUGUCAUCAACAAGAACAACAGGAGACUGGCAGAGGUCUGGAUGGAUGAGUUUAAGGACUUCUUCUAUAUAAUAUCCCCAGGUGUUGUUAAGGUGGAUUAUGGUGAUGUAUCCAUCAGGAAAGCACUGAGAGAAAAUCUGAAGUGUAAACCCUUCUCGUGGUACUUGGAAAACAUUUAUCCUGAUUCCCAGAUUCCACGGCGCUAUUACUCGCUUGGUGAGAUCAGGAAUGUUGAAACCAACCAGUGUUUAGACAACAUGGGCCGCAAGGAAAAUGAAAAAGUGGGCAUUUUCAACUGCCACGGCAUGGGAGGAAAUCAGGUCUUUUCUUACACUGCUGACAAAGAGAUCCGCACAGACGACUUGUGCCUGGACGUCUCGAGGCUGAAUGGCCCUGUCAUCAUGCUGAAGUGCCACCACAUGAGGGGGAACCAGCUCUGGGAGUACGAUGCUGAGAAGCUCACCCUGAGGCAUGUCAACAGCAACCAGUGUCUGGAUGAGCCGUCAGAGGAGGAUAAGAUGGUUCCCACUAUGAGGGAGUGCGGUGACAGCCGUUCCCAGCAGUGGCUGCUGCGCAACAUGACCUUGGGUGCCUGAAGUCAGCGCAGACCCACUGCCUCGUCCGGGAUCUCUUCUCAUUCUCUUCCUCCUCCUUCUCCUCCUCCCAUCCUCCUUGCUGAGGCCAGUGGUGCUGAAGCCCUCUCCAAAUCCCAGCUGACAGAGCAAAGUCAUGGGGCAGGGUUUCUUGAUGCGUCAGGUCUCCACAUGCCCCUUCAAAACCUGUGACUGUUCAAAAGAAGCUCAUCUGAGUCUAUAAAUGUCGAAAUGUGUACUGUUACCAACACAAAUCUGCUCAAAAAUUGUUCCAGAGAAACCUCUGUGAGCCCUGUGUCAAAGAGGUUGGGAUGGAGGGUAUUUUCUGUUUGUCACACACCACUACAGAGAAGUGACCCGGUAUAAAAUGCCUUAUAACACUAAACGGCAUUGGGACCAUCCUGACAGGCAUCUCCCAGGCUGGAUGUAUUGGCUCUGGUCUUUCUUGGCAACACAUGGCAGGCAUUUGCUGUUCUCUCGUGUUGAAAGGGACUUGGUGAAGAACCCCACUGAGCGGCAAAGUUGCCAGGCUCUCAGCUUUGUGGUUUGUUCAGGGAAAAAAAUGGGAUCUGGUGUUUGGAAAAGCAACAAAACUGAGCAAAAACUGCACUCAGAAAUUGAAAUUAAAUCAGAUGAGGCAGCAACAAAAGAAUGACUGAUGCAUGUGGGUCACUCAGACCAGCACAGGUGGAACUGUCCUGCAGUGGAAAGAGAAAUGGCUGGGGCUGAUACUUGGGAGCUGCAAGGGGAUUGCAGAUGGAUGUUCCAAAACCUGGCCCUCUGAGACUGCUGGAGACUGAGAGUUGGUCUGAACUUGGUCCCUAGCUGCUACCCUUGAGCAUUAGUAUAUACCCACAUCCUGUCUAAAGCACAGACAAGAGCCUCAUCCGUGCAUCCCCUACGCACAGAGGAGAAAACUGGAUUGAUUCCCAGUUCUGGCUCCAGAUGUUCUUGCUUUGAUAGCAAUGACAGAUGCUUAUUUAUAUUUUUAAUAAUUUUGUGGCUUAAUAAUUUCAUUAGUGUGGUUAUUAAAAAUGUGCUGAUGGCACACAGUUAUGUCAGAAGCGUCGCAGGACCUGAUGCCGUGCCAGGCCAUGUGGGUGUAGGGAAGGGGCCCAUAUGUAAGGGUGACAUUUCUUAUAUGUACUGUUGAUCUUUCCUUUGCUGCUCCCAGCAGAAUGUACUCCCCGAAAUACAUCUGCUGCGUGAUGGGCUGGGCUGGGUUUUUGGCAAUACUCUGUAAUUUCUUAUUGUCUAGAGGGUUCAAGAGACCUAAAUCACAGGGCAGCAGCUAUGAGGUAACUUCAGGACAGGUAAGUGGUAAAAUGGUGUCCCAUUAUUUCACUCAAAACUCCUCAAAAGCUCUGUUUAUGCACUAGGUCAUUCAAAAUGACAGUAUUUUCUGUAUAAUGUUCUGGUUGCUAUGGAUUAAUAGUAUCAUAUAUGUACCUACUAUAAAUUUAUAGAUCAUCCAUAUUUUCUCAAUACACUGUUAAAUUGAAAAAGUGAUUGUUGUGCAUGCGUGGGAGCUAGGGUGUCACGGGUUAACUCAGACUGGAAGCUCAUCUAGUCCAGCAUUCCUGCUCAAAGUAGGGUCAAAUAGUUCCAGUUCUCAUCUUCAGGUCACUAGAGAAGUACACGAUAUGGCUUAAAAGCUAGCAAAACAGGAGGUGGCCAUAAUUCUCCUUCAUAGAAAGAGCAUGAGAACAUCACAAACAAAUUCAACCCCCAGUCUCCAUGCAGACAAAAAUAAGUUGUAUCCUUAUCUCCUUUCCAAGAGCUUUGCUGUGUGCACAGCCACUUGUGCUGGUACGUCAUGUAUCUAGGCUCUUGGCUUCUGUAUGGUUCAGCAGAAGGAAGCACUGUGGAAUAUCCUGCAGCAUCCAGGAGCACUGAGAGAGGGCAGCAGGCUCUGGUGGUAAUUUGGAAAUACCCCCAGUUUUGGGGGGGCGAAGGCUGGCAAGUCGUAGAAUCACAGAAUCAUAGAAUUAUUUGGGUUGGACAGGACCUUACAGCUCAUGCAGUUCCAACAUUCUGCCAAGGGAAGCAACACCUUCCACUAGACCAGGUUGCUAAAAGCCCCAUCCAACCUGGCCUUGAACACUUAAAGGGAUGGGGCAGCCACAGCCUCUCUGGGCUACCUGUGCCAGUGCCUCACCACCCUCACAGGGAAGAACUUCUUCCUAAUACCUAAUCUGAAUCUCCCCUCUGUCAGUUUAAAGCCAUUCCCCCUUGUCCUAUCCCUACAAGCCCAUGUCAAAAGUCCCUCUCCAGGUCUCUUGUCAGCCCCUUUAGGUACUGGCAGCUGCUCUAAGGUCUUCUGGAGUCUUCUCUUCUCCAGGCUAAACAAGCCUAACUCUUCUACUGUUCAGAUACCCUUCACUGCCUGUUCAGAUCCCAGGGUUUUCUUGGCAUCGUAGCUGGAGGGUGAUGACAAAGUGCAAUCAGUGUGCAAGUGUGUAGCCUUUAGGCACAGCCUCAAAAAUGGAUAAAUAAUAUUUUUCUCCUUACAAUUAUUAUAAAGGUUAUUAUUCUUCUAAAGUUUAUAAUCCCUUGACCAAGAUAGCAAGCUUGCAGUGUUUGGGGUGGUUGGUUCCUGCAUUGCUAUGUCCCUGCUUGGGUAAGAAGGGAGAUGCCUUUGUGUUGUAUUACACUUAUUUAGGAGCAAGUGCAUGCAUCCCUCGUGACCAGAGCAGGACUAUUGCUGUAGGUCCUCAGCACACUAGCAGGGUGGCCUGCUGCCUAGAAACUGUGAGGAAAGCGCUGAAAUAUCUGUUCAACUUCUGUCCCUCCUGGAUAAGGAUACAGAAACCCCACGAGUCUCACUGCAUGGGAAUUUCAGGCAAAGCCUCAGGUACAGCAAGUGAGGGGGUGAUGGCGGAGGUGCCUUAAAUGCUGAUAAGCAUUGGAGAUGAUAAAUGAUGGGGUUUAGAGAAUGAAUGUAAGUUACUGUGCUUGGGCUUCUGCCCUUCCUCCUGCCACUGGACUCAGGUGUUGCCUUGGCAGGUGAUUUGGGCUAAAAUAAUUUAAAAUAGAUUGUUUGGUUGCCUCGGUCGGUGUGUAUCUGAAGUUCAGUACCCACAAAUGACCACAGAAGAACAUCACUUGGUCUUUGUUUCCCCAUCUAUAAAAUAUCUCAGAAAGGUGUCGGGAGGAUUAACUUUGAUUUGCACAGUGUGUUUAAAAUAUAAAGAACCUUACGAAUGCUGAAUAUUUAUUGUUUUCAUUGAAAAGUGUUGCCAGUUUUUGUGGUUAUAAGACGAUGAAAUGGGAGUGAGCUGUAAUGCUGGGCGGCAAUCGCAAGCUGACCGCUUUGAGGAGUAAGUUGAACCAUAAACGCUGUACAAAGCUGCAGUCCUUUUUAUCUCCCGGCACUUCCUGGUGAUCCAUGGGGGUGAGGAGACCCAGGAAUAACCCCCGAACUGAAAUGGGCAUUUGGAUCAAUUGACCUAGGUGGGUUUUUCUACCGAUGCAUAUACACUGGUUGCUGGGAGGAUUUUAUCUAUUUGUUGUGCUCUAAUAGGAAUAGCGCUGUGAAGAGAAGUUGCAAAACUCCGUGUUCUGAUUUUAGCUUUAAUUUGCAAUUGGAGAUCUCCUCAGAUCCUAUACCAUAGGCUGCAUCUCAGCGGGUGCUGGGCAGAGCCUGACAUGGUGAUCCUCCAAAGGCCAGAGCUGCUAAACAGACUGGAACAGUUUGGGGAGAUAAAAAAGAGUUGGGCAGUGCUGGUGAAUGUCACAGCCUACCCAGGACAUUUGUGCUUUUUAGGGGGAGCUGAUAGCCUGCCUGCAUCCCUGUGGCUCACACCGCGGGUGAGGCUACACCACAUGUAACCUGCUACUAAUGAUGAGCUGUGAUCUGGUCCAGUGGUGUUUUGGAUGAACACCAGCAAUGUGUUACAAUGCUUGUGUGGCUUUCCGUGUCUAUGCUGACUUGCAGUCACAUCCAGCCAGAACCAUUGCUCCAGUAUGUGGCCACCCCCAUUUUAUUUUCUCUUUUCCUCUGUGAGCACAUAUUCAGGACAGCUCGGUAAGCAGUGCCCACGAAAAGGCCACGGUGCUCUGAGAUACUACAGACUUUAUCUGAAAAAUGCUGGAAUUCUGCUUGGUAUUUUCCAAGGCAGGAUGAGACUGAGGUGCAGUGGUUUGGAGAACACGCUUGCAAAGGCUCCUGAAUAAGUGCUGGGAACACAGAUUUAAAUUAAAUUUCUAAAAGCAGAUUGUGGAUAAAGAAUUACGCAUUUUAAAUGUUGUAACAGUUAUCAAAUGGUAAACUGGUACUCUUUGCUGUACAUUUAAAUAUUUAUACAUUUUUGUAGAAUUAAAAUAUACCAGUUUAGUUUU